AUGAGCCUGGCCGCUCAAUUGAGCCGGAUGACCCUCUCGGCAUCUCGGACACGACUGCUCCCGACCGUCCUAACCCCCAAAGUCCGCAUACCCUCCGCCCGCGCAUUCUCCUCCACACCGCACCGCCUCAACUGGCUUGCUCCCAAAGCCGGUGAAUCCCGCAAAUCGCGAAAAGGCCGAUGUCGUGUUCCCACUGGCGGUAGCAUGCGGGGCACCACCGUCGUAUGGGGCGACUACGGCUUGCGCAUGCGCGACCACGACCGCCGCAUCUCCUCCUCCCAGCUUCACAUUGCCGAAGAGACCAUCAAGAAGCGCCUGCGAGGCAUGAAGUUCCGUCUCUACGAGCGCGUCUCGGCCAACAUUGGUGUCUACACGAGCGGCAACGAAAGCAGAAUGGGAAAGGGUAAGGGUAGUUUCGAUCAUUGGGCGACGCGGUUGGCCGUGAGCAAGGUCGUCUUCGAGAUCAAGGGAGAUUUGCACGAGCAGGUCGUAAGAGAUGCUUUUCGAUUGGCAGGGAAUAAGCUACCUGGGCUGUGGGAGUUUGUGAAGAAGGGUGAUGCGCCCAAGAUGGGCAUAACAAAGGUGGGCGUUAACGGCAUUACCGCGGAGGAUCUCAAAAGGCCUAGGAGGAAGGUUCCUCUUGAACCUCUAGAGCAGACGGCUGCCCGCCUACCAUCGGCCUCGCCCUCAUAG